UAUUCAGUGAUCGUCAAAAAAAAUUAGAAGAAAGUUUUCUAAUUGCAGUUUAUGUGAAAUACCCACAGAUCGUUUUCAGAGCAUGCAAAGUGCAAAUUGUUGUGAUCUAGAUCGAAAAUUGUUAGCAUAUGUCUAAUGAAUGAGGUGUUCGGCGUUCUCGAUAAAUUGCUCCCAAGGCAAACAAAUGUGAAAGUUCAGUCGGUGUCUGAUUUGCGUAACAGUGUCGUAUUUACAUUUGCUGACUCUUCAGAGUACCUGUGUAUAGCCUCUACCGUUACGAAUACGCCGGUGUUCUGAAUAAUGCCACUUCGCUUGCGCAAAACAGUUUAACAUUCCGUCAACUGGCUUUGGAUCGUUACGAACCAGCUGAAUUUCGAGCUACGUUCUAAGCAUCAAAAACAGUGAAAAGCGCAGAGCGAAAACAACAAACGUGCAUGGCAUUCAUUCUACAUUCUUCUGCAAGUUCACCGUCUUCGAAACGACAUUCCAAAGACUAACGACAACCCCAAGAGCUAGUUGAGAAAAAGCGCUGAAUAAUUCAUAUCUUUUAUCGUUGGAAAGACCUAAAAACUACACAAUACACAAAGGCAAUAGCUCCACAAAAAUGUCUCUGACCCUCGAGCCAGACUACUUCAUAUCGAGCGACGGUUUGCCUAAAUUAAAUACUAAAAAGUAUAAAAGAUAUGACAAAAAAUCAUAUCGGAGCAAAGUGGAAAAUCUAGAACAGGUUUCCACUCAAGAUAAAGUUACAGAGGAGCAGGCUAAAAGGCUUUUUACCGCUGAAAGCAAACCGUUCUGUGAUAGUAAAAAGUUGCUGACGAAGCGGCCAAAUAUGAAGACAUCAAGCAAAAAUCAUACCACAAAUAACGCACUUUAUCAUCUCAACGAUAAAAAAUCUAUCAUGUCCGAUAAGGAGUUGAAGUGUGCAAUCAAUCAGAAAAUUAAAUUGUGUCAAAAUUCGAGAUAUGGUACCAGGAAAGAAAACAGCAAUAAAAGCAACGAAAUGCUCGAUAACCGGCUUGCAACAUAUCAGGAAAAUUAUUGCAAUGGAGUUUUAAUCGAUCUCGAGACUGAUGCAAUCGUUUUAGACUUUUAGCUGUUUGUAAUUUAAAAAUUAAGAUACUAUUAUGUAGACUAGCUUGUACAAUCUAUUUAUUGUUUUUAUCUCAGAUUUAGCAUCAAAAUAAAUCAAGUUCUCGAUUGUAAUGUG